AUGGGUUCAGCACCACCUGCCAGCAAGCUCUUCGAGCCCAUCUCAAUCGGCAACAACAAACUCUCCAACCGUCUUGUGAUGGCUCCUUUGACGCGAUUCAGGGCUGACGAUAGCCACGUUCAACUGGACUUCGUCAAGGAAUACUACACUCAGCGAUCAGCCGUUGCCGGAACCCUUCUGAUUACUGAGGCUACAUUCAUCUCGCCCGAAGCCUCCGGAUUCCCCAACGUACCCGGAAUAUGGCACGACGACCAAAUCAAGGCAUGGAAAGAAAUUGUGGAGAGUGUGCAUGAAGCAGGAGGGGUGAUUUAUCUACAGCUAUGGGCUCUUGGACGUGCAGCCAACGCGGACACGAAGAAAACCGAAGGGACGGGCGAUGUAGUCAGCGCGAGCGAUGUUGCUAUGUCCGAUAACAGCCCGGCACCUCGUCCCUUGACUGAGGAGGAGAUUCAGACGUAUAUCAAGCAAUACGCUACUGCAGCGAAGAACUCGGUCGAGGGGGCUGGCUUCGACGGCGUAGAGAUCCACGGUGCGAAUGGUUACCUCAUCGAUCAAUUCACACAGGACAAUUCGAACAGGCGUACCGAUGCCUGGGGCGGGAGUGUAGAGAAACGGGCAAGGUUCUGCUUGGAAGUCAGCAAAGCCGUAGUCGACGCGGUGGGAGCGGACAAGACGGGAAUUCGUCUGAGCCCGUGGUCCACCUUCCAAGGCAUGAAGAUGGAGGACCCAAUACCGCAGUUCUCCUACGUAAUGCAAGAGCUCAAGAAGCUGAAGCUUGCUUACGUCCAUUUGGUCGAGUCGCGUAUCUCUGGCAACGCCGACGUUGAGACCACAGAGAAGAUCGACCCCUUCAUCGACAUCUGGGCGGGCACAUCACCAAUCUUGGUCGCUGGUGGUUUCAAACCUGAUAGUGCGAGGCGGGCUGUGGAUGAGGAGUACAAGGAUAAAGAUAUUUUGAUAGUGUUUGGGCGGUAUUUCAUCUCGAAUCCUGAUUUGGUUUAUAGGUUGGAGAAGGGGAUUGAGUUUACGGCUUAUGACAGGGAUACUUUUUACAAGGCGAAGAGUGAGGAUGGCUAUACUGAUUAUCCUUUCUCUGAGGAGUGGAAGAAAGAGCAUUCGGCGAAGGUUUGA